AUGGAGCAUUAUCUAGACCAGGUUGGCCAGCAGGCAUGUCUGUGGGGCACUGUCUUGAUUGCUGAUGAAGGUGGGAUGCUCUACCCUGAAUGUGGAUGGCAUCAUUACAUGGGCUGGAGACUGAACUGUACCCAGCAUCUUUCUCUUAAACUAUUGGAACGAAAACGUAGGGACCACAUCAAAGACAGCUUUCACAGUUUGCGGGACUCGGUUCCAUCACUCCAAGGAGAGAAGGCAUCCCGGGCCCAAAUCUUAGACAAGGCAACAGAGUAUAUCCAGUAUAUGCGAAGGAAAAACCACACGCACCAGCAAGACAUUGAUGACCUCAAGCGGCAGAAUGCUCUUCUGGAGCAGCAAGUCCGUGCACUGGAGAAGGCAAGGUCAAGUGCCCAACUGCAGACCAACUACCCCUCCUCAGACAACAGCCUCUACACCAACGCCAAGGGCGGCACCAUCUCUGCCUUCGAUGGGGGUUCAGACUCCAGCUCAGAGUCCGAGCCUGAAGAGCCCCAGAGCAGGAAGAAACUCCGGAUGGAGGCCAGCUAAGCCAUGCGGGGCAGGCCAGCAAUAAAAACUGUCGUCUCCACCACCUCGUCCUCUCAGUUCAUCGUUAGAACUCGCAAACCAUUGACAGACUCUUUAGUUUCCUCUCUCUUUAUUAAUUGUUAUUUUUGCAUAGAAGCUCUUGGACAACAGCUCUCAUCCCCUCCCUGUGUCCACUAUUUUUAAAUGUGUUCCCUUCAGGGGUUCCUGUCCCCAUCAGAAAUUUUAAACCAAAACACCCUAACUUGGCAGCUCUUUCUGUGGAGGACAGACAGCCGGCCAGACCUCUGAGUACAUGGUGUCCUGCCCACCCCACCCCACCCCCAACUCCUCCUGCCUUCAGAGCGUGUGCCUGGAGGGCAUCUGCAUCUGCCCCACUAGGCCCCUUCCAGUCCUCUCACCUCUGUUUGGUGGAAUUUGUGACUCUGAACUGCUCUACUUUGGCAAGAUGACCAGAUUGGAGUAAUCAGAAUUACCCCUCUCCUCUGUAAGGAUUGAUUUUUGGAAACGCUAUCUAUCGCUCCUGUUGAAAGACCAGAUUCUUGAAGAAGUUUGUGGUGAAAAGGAAAAGCAGGGACAGAUUUGCAGAAUCCUUGGCAUGUUUCACGCUUCAGUUGUUUAAGCCGGCAGAGCCAGCCUUUCAGAAGGCCACGUGACACUGGUAUGUAUAGGAGAUGGCAGCUGUGAAACAGCCACCAGGAGUGGUAGGGGUGGUUAUGUAUGGGCGGGACAGGGAGGGAGGGAGUCGUAGGAGGGGUAGAGGUUUUGUAUUAAGGGCCAGUGAUGAUGUUUUGAUAUUUAUUUCCUGCUACUGAAAUUUGAAUCUGAAUGAAAUGCCCCUAUUUCUGAUGAUGUCGAUACUGUAAAGCGACAGAUUCAUAAAGUAAUGAUCAAAUCUUCAUUUCUUUCUGCGUGUAUUUCUAAGAAAUAGAGCCAACUAUUUUGUAUGUAAAUACCAAGAGCGACUUACCUGGUACUAAACCCACAGCCCACCACAGCCUCCCUCCCUCCUUGCCUCCAGUCCUGGAACUUGUCGCCACUGUGUGAUCCAGCCCUGGCUCUGGCUGUGGUCAACAGAACCCAGUGAAGGGUUUCAUGUCUUUAGGCUUCAUUCUUUGUCUUUUCCUACUCUGUUGCCAGCGUUUGCUGAUUUCUAGUGCAUACUCUGUAGUCUCAGUCGGUAUUUGAUUCCAUUCCAUGGAAAUAAAAAGUAUGUUGUACAUACUGCCCAAGAAUUGUCUUGCAAGUUAAGGCUUCCCCCUUUACUAUAAGAAUAUAAAUAAAA